AUCAAAACAAAUAUAUUUUUAAAUACCCAUUCAAAGGUACCAAAUUUCCAAAGAUGUCGACCACUUCUUCACAAUUAGAAGAACCAAAAUAUAUUGAACUAAGGACCAACGAUGGCGUGAUUCAUACAGUGAACACUCGCUUGGCCCUACAGAUGGGACCCAUUCGUGAUUUGAUAAUGCUGGAGAAAGAGAAGAAGGUUAACGCGAUUGAUGCUAUUCCAUUGGCCAGAGUCGAUGCCAAAAACAUGCGAUUUAUAAUCAAGUGGUCAGCAGCGAUUCAACGUCUUAGAGGAAAUGUAGAGCUUAAGCGUAAAACGAUUCUUAAACAACUUCUUAGCGAAGAGGAUGCCGACUAUGGGUUCCUUUUGCAACUCAUCCUGGCCUCAAACUAUCUGCAGCUGGAGAAUUUGCUGAAGGCUUCGACUAAUCUCCUGGCAGAUUCCAUCGAGGCAUGCGAAAGUGUCCAGGAGAUUUGUAAACGUUUCAACGUACCAACCGACUCAUUAUAAAGGUUCCAAAAAGCAUUCAGUAUUAUUAAGGAGAUCGUAGUUACUUCAGCCCGGAAACCGAUCUUUAUAAAUUUAUAAGUGUAAUAUAUCAUAAAUCCAAUUUGUUCAAGAUCUCUUGUUCAUUUUGUCACCAGUUGAAAAAGCCUUAGAAAUCUAAAAAAUGCAUUUUUGUAUGUAAAACAAUUUUUAUAAAAUCUUGCUAUUUCUGACCAGACAAUCAGCCGCUGCAAUAAAGAAAAUAACAUUCUAAUUGAAUUUUUUGUAGAAAAAACACAAUAUUUUUUGUAAGUAAUUAAAUCUUUAUUAAAUCUCAA